AUGAAGGCCUUCACAGCUAUUUUUGCCAUUGUGGCCAUUCUUGGUCCCGCCAUAGCUAGCCCUGUUGAUACGGGAGAGGCAACUUAUGAAAAGCGCGGCGUCGAGGCCGAAGUCGACGCUCCACAAGCUAUUUUUCCCACGCUUCCCACGCUUCUUCCUCUUCCUACGCUUCCAACGCUUCCAGGUCUCUCUCUUCCCACGCUUCCCACCUUUACAAGUCUUUCUCUUCCUACGCUCCCCACGCUUCCUACACUCCCCUUGCUUCCUACGCUCCCCACGCUCCCCACGCUCCCUACGCUCCCUACGCUCCCUACGAUUCCUACGCUCCCUACGCUUCCUACGCUCCCCACGCUUCCUACGCUCCCCACGCUUCCUACGCUCCCCACGCUUCCAACGCUUCCAGGUCUUCCUCUUCCCACUCUGACACCUAUUCCUGGGCUUCCGACCCUGCUACCAAUUCCUAUCCCUACGAGCCCUGCCGAGUUAAAUGCCGCCCUUCAGAAUGCCUUGACUCAGAUCAUAACAAUACUCGCAUACAUUAGAGCCAGCAUACCCAGCUCUUCUUCUGGCCUCCCUCCAUUGCCACUGCUUCCCAACCUUCCAGGGGUCACCCUCCCAGUCCCCGGCAGCACUUCUCUCACCCCCGACGCUCUCCUAGGUCAGCUGGGAGUCCUCCAAGCUCAGCUCGGGAACGUUCAGUCAAUUUUCAGCAACCUGCCUGCUGGAGCGAGCCUUGACCAGCUGAAGAUUGCUCUGUCGGUUCUCGGACAGAUUCAGGCUCAAGUUGCCCCUGUCAUUGCCCGCAUCCAGAGCCUCGUCGGUUCGGGCGCUCUCGCUUUGCCAACCAAUCUUUCAACUGUUCAGGCCGCUACAUCAGUCAUCUCCACUAUCAUUUCCCUUCUCAACACUAUCCUUGGACCUCUCAUCCCAGGUCUGGCGGGCAACAGCGGCCUUGGCCCUGGCAAGUCCUGA